AUGGCUGAGAGCACGACCAAGACUGGUCAGCCUCUCGAUCGUUCAGUCCUAGAAUCUCUUCUACGCCGACGGCUCUUCUACACGCCCUCCUUCGAAAUCUACGGUGGAGAACGCGGGCUUUUUGACUAUGGUCCACCAGGAUGCGCACUACAAGCCAAUGUGGUCGAUCUUUGGCGCAAACACUUUGUGCUGGAAGAAGACAUGCUCGAGGUUGAUUGCACCAUGCUGACCCCAGAGGCAGUCCUCAAGACCAGUGGCCACGUCGAUAAGUUUGCAGAUUGGAUGUGCAAAGAUCCAAAGAGUGGAGAAAUCUUCCGCGCAGACCAUUUGGUAGAGCAGGUUCUUGAGGCGAGACUGAAAGCCGAUAAAGACGCACGUGGCCAAAAGGUCGAGGUCGACGAAGCAAAAGAUGCCAAAAAGAAGAAGAAGAUCAAGGACACAAAGAUUGAGAAGCUUGAUGACGCCCUGGUGCAAGAAUACGAGGAGACCCUGGCAAAGAUUGACAACUAUGGAGGUGACGAGCUUGCCGAACUGAUCAAGAAAUACAACAUCAAAGGCCCUUCAACCGGAGCAGAACUUGAGCCACCGAAAGCCUUCAACCUCAUGUUCCAGACCCAGAUUGGGCCCAGCGCCGAUAAACCCAAUGGCUAUCUUCGUCCAGAAACCGCUCAGGGACAGUUCCUAAACUUCCAGAAGCUCCUCGAAUUCAACCAGCAAUCUAUGCCCUUUGCGUCUGCUUCCAUUGGGAAGUCCUUCCGCAACGAAAUUUCGCCUCGCUCUGGGCUUCUCCGUGUCCGCGAGUUCCUCAUGGCCGAAAUCGAGCAUUUCGUAGACCCAGAAGGCGGGAAGAGGCACCCUCGCUUCGAAGAUGUCAAAGACACCAAGCUAUCUCUCCUGAACCGGAAGACCCAGCUUGCGGGAAGCACCAAACCCGACCUGGUGGCUAUCGGGGACGCGGUAUCUUCUGGCUUGGUCGACAAUGAGACUCUCGGCUACUUCCUCGUUAGGAUACAGGAGUUUUUACUCAAGCUCGGAAUUGACCAGACCAAGUUGAGAUUCAGACAGCACAUGGCCAAUGAAAUGGCUCAUUAUGCUGCUGACUGUUGGGACGCCGAACUCUUCACCACCUACGGCUGGAUUGAGUGUGUUGGGUGUGCUGACCGAAGUGCCUAUGAUUUGACUGUCCACAAGGAGAAGACUGGAGCCCCGCUCGUUGUGCGCGAAACUCGAGCCCAACCGCUGAUCGUCGAAGAAUAUGAAGUUGAUCUGGAACGCAAGAAACUUGGACCUAAAUUCCGCAAGGACGCAAAGGCAGUCGAGGCUGCCGUGGACGCCCUUUCGCAGGAUCUGCGCGAGAAGCUUGCGUUAGAGCUGGAGAAGACUGGGAAAAUCGAAAUCGAGACGCCAGGUGUUGGGAGCGGACGAACAGAACUCGAAAAAGAUCUGAUUAAGAUUGAGAAGAGGAAGCGAACAGAACACGUGCGCGAAUACACGCCGAAUGUCGUCGAGCCCUCCUUCGGUAUCGGACGAAUUCUUUACAGUCUCAUGGAACAUGUCUUCUGGGUUCGUGAAGGGGAUGCUGCACGUGGAGUCCUGUCGUUCCCCCCUACGGUGGCUCCCACUAAAGUCCUCCUUGUCCCACUCUCUGGCCACGCAGAUUUCAAGCCCUUCAUCAAGAAACUCACCGCCCGUCUACGCCGAGUCGGAGUCUCCAACAAAGUCGACGACUCCUCUGCAAGCAUCGGCAAGAGGUACUCUCGUAAUGAUGAACUGGGAACACCAUUUGGAAUUACAAUCGAUUUCCAGACGGUCAAAGAUGGAUCGUUGACACUCAGAGAGCGAGAUUCCACGAAGCAGGUGAGGGCGAGCGAGGAUGAGAUCAUCAGCGCUGUCAAGGCCCUGGUCGAUGGGGAGGAGACUUGGGAAGACGUUGUCAAGAGGCUGCCUACGUUCGAAGGACAAGAUCUGGAGUGA